AUGAUAUCCUUCCUCCUGGAAUUAGAGAGCCUCUUCUUGUGCCUUUCAAGUGGGGAGCUGCUGCUGAUUGACUGCAAAGGGGAAGAUGUUGAGGACGUGGGAAUUGUGGAGGGCAGCCUGGCAGCGGCGGCUUGGAGCCCAGAUGGAGAGAUCUUGGCCCUGGUAUCAGGACAAGGGAAUCUGCUCCUGAUGAACAUGGAAUGGGAGGUUUUAAGUGAGGUGUGUCUGCACCAAGCCAUGAGCCUCUCUGUGGUAGGAGAAGAGAAUGGUAGCACCGUUGUCAGCAAUGUGGCAGUUUCUUGGCGGGGAGAUGGCCAGUACUUCGCUGUGCUGGGAGAAUUGAAUGCCAUGCGAACACUGAGCAUCUGGGAAAGAGAGUCCUGCUCUCUGCAUUCGACAGGAGACACCACGAAUUUGGUGGGUCGCGCCUUGGCAUGGCAGCCCAAUGGCAGGCACAUUUAUGCGACAUGCAACUGUGAUGGCCACUUGUCCAUGAAGCUGUUUGAGAAGAAUGGACUUGGGCAUGGAUCCUUUGAUUUACCCAGCCAGGGUUGCGUUGGCCAGGCAAUUUGGAGCUUGGACUCCCAGCUAUUGGCACUGGUGGUUGAGCCUAGUGAAAGGGGCAGUAUGCCCUGGAAAGUGCAGGUUUGGCGACGCAGCAACUGGCAUUGGUACCUUAAGCAUGAGAGGUGCUUUGCUACAGGCUGCCAGGGCCUGCAGCUCCUGUGGGACGAGGAAGCUGGCACGCAGCAGCUACACAUCCUUACGGGUCGUGGAGGGUACUGCUGCCUAAGUUUUGUGCUGGAUGCUGAUGUCAGUCACAUGGGGACGGCAGCAGUAGUGGAUGGGCACAAAGUGUUGAUGACGCCUUUCAGGCACAUGGUAAUGCCCCCUCCUUUGUCAGCUGCCAAAGUGCAGUUUCUGGACCCAAUACAGUGCUUGGCCUUUCGCAACGGAGCACCCAGGGAGGCGCUGGCAGUGGUCAUGUCAACAGGCAAAAUGGGCUUUGUUGAGUGCCCGGUGGAAGAUCAAUGGGAUCAUCCCGAUUUACUGCAGGACCCCAGUGAGGACAAUUCUGAAGAGUGCAAUAUGGCCACGGUCUCUGGCAUGGUGAUUCAUGAGGUUGAAUUGGCCGAUGUGAUUGGAGCUGCCAGGCACAUGGUCUGGCUGCAUGAGAACAGAGUCCUCGUGGUUGGGGCACCCCCCUUGGGGUCUGCAAACAGUGGGGAUGUCUGUGUGGAGGUGGAGAUCUGUGAUAGGAAGGGAGAUGUGGGGUAUCGGGGUGCUGUCUCAGUGAGGGCUUCACCGCAGCUUGGACAUCAGAUCUGCAGGAUGGUCGAUGUGCCAGGUGCCUCAGUCUUGCAGCUGGACAAUGGCAGCCUCAUCAAGUAUGCUGCAGAGCACCAGCAAUCUCCAUUCCCCACUGUGGCAGGUUUUCCAGUGCUCUGCCCGCACAUGUGCUGCCUGGUGGUGCCCCAGGCCAGUGGGCUUCCUCAGGCUCAUGUCGUUGGUCUCACAGACAAAGGACAGCUGUAUUUUGAUGCGACGGCCAUCAGUGGGCACGUCACGUCCAUGCUGGUCCGAAGGUCAGGCGCUGGGGGAGUGUUCCUGGCCUUUGUCACAGGAUCGAAUGAGCUCCACAUUGUCCCAUAUGCCGAACUCCAAGGCAGUGGGACGGAAGGCUUUAAGACCACACAGUCGUCCGCCAGCAGACGUGUCAGUGGAUACAAGGCGGUUCGUCGCAGCGGACCAACUCAGGACAUGCAUGCUGCCAUGCGGCCCCCUGCAACUGUGACAAAUCAGACGGACUUGCACAUUAGACAAGUGGAGCAAGGCAGCAGGCUAGUUGCGUCACCUCCAGGAACCAGCAAGGUCAUCUUGCAGAUGACUCGUGGCAACCUGGAGACUGUGUGCCCUCGUGUUCUGGUACUCUGUGCCAUAUGUGAUGCGCUGCAGCAGAAAGGCUAUGCUGAAGCAUGGAGGCUGGCGACGUCCAACAGAGUCGAUCUGAACGUGCUGGUGGACUAUCGGUGGCCAGCAUUUGUUGUAGAAGCUGACAUCUUUGUGGCAGAGGUGGAUAAUGAGGAGGAUAUCUGUGACAUGAUGAUGGCAUUGAAGCCAGGCAGCACACUGCAGGAGGGGGGCCUGUAUGCAGACUUCCUGUCCCCAACCGUGCAGACACCUGUAGUGCCAGAGGAACGUCUUAUUGGAGGGAAGAUUCCAGCCAUCUGUCGAGCAAUCAGAACAGCUGUUCAGAAUGCUGGCAAGGGUACAUACCUCAAGGCGGUGGUCAUGUCACAUGCAAGGAACGCCCCACCAGACCUGAAGAAUGCCCUCCAAUGCAUUAGAGAUGCAAGGGAGGCUGAAGUCACAUCAGAGAAGCCUGACGUCGUUGUCAAUGGUGGACAAGAUGGCUUGCCUGCAGGCAGGUCUGGGGAGGCUCUGGCAGGCCUCAUGUUGCAUGUGGACGCUGAGAAACUGUAUCGGGAAGCCCUUGGCAUGUAUGAUUUGGAGCUGGCGUACAUGGUGGUCACACAUGCACAGCGAGACCCAGGGGAGUAUCUUCUAGAGCUGCAAGCUUUCUCUGCCAUGCACCCGUUGGCUUAUCAGAAACACCAGAUCGACCUCCACUUGAAACGGUAUGAGCUGGCCCUGCACAACUUGGUUGCUGCUGGGGACGCAUUUUUUGAGAAAGCUGUGGAUCUGGCCAAGGAGCAAGGAUUGAUGCGAGACUUGCUAGGACUGGUCGAUGCCGACAGUAACAAAAGAAAGGUAGUGCUGAUGGCAUAUGGAGAGUGGCUGGAGGGCAGAGGCAUGCUGGAAGAUGCAGGCACAGCAUACUUGGCAACAGGAAGAGAGGACAUGGCCAUUGAGUCAUACAGGGCUGCUGGACAGUGGCGCACAGCCCUCAUGCUGGCCAACCGCCAAGGAUGGAGCAAAAGGGCUGUCACAGACAUGGCCCACAAGCUGUACGAAGAUCUCAGAGCAUCGGGGCGGCUGUCCGAAGCCGCCAGUGUUGCGCUGGACUACCUCCAGGAUACAGAUGAUGCUGUGGUGCUCCUUGCUGAAGCCAGGCAGUGGCAGGAGGCCGUGCACAUUGCAUACAGGCAAGGCAGGGGAGACCUUGUGGAAACGACAGUCGCACCGGCAGCAGCUGAAUGCGCCACGACACUGCUGUCAGAUUUUCGAGAGGCUGAACAGCGAGUGAGCCGGUACUUCGAGAGGCUGAAGGAUGUGCGAGCCAAGAGAAUUGCUAUGGAGGCAGUGGUUGGAGAGACUGGAGACACCCUUGCUGGAGCACUGGAGGAUAGGGAUGGUGCAGGAGAGGAUGCCAGCACAGUUGCAGGCAUGAGCAUGUACACUGACAGGACGGCAGCUGGGACGACUGUUGCAUCAACUGCCAGCGUGAGCGCCCUCACAGUUGGGGGUAGGAAACCCCAAAGGCGGAAGGGGAAGAACAAGGGCCUCAAAAUCAGACAAGGGAGUCCAGAGGAGGAGGCAACUCUGUGCGCACACCUCAUCAACUUGUGCCCAACCCGUCAGAUGUGCGAAGAGGUUGGCCAGCUGACGGAGCUCCUGAUCUUGUUGGGGCACGAAAGGGACGCGAGGGUGUUGCAGCAGUCGCUGGGCGCGCUUGUGUCAGCGCAGCAGAGAGCUGCAGAUGACAUUGCGCAGAAUCCCCCACCAGCUGGUAUUCCAGGUGCACGUGCGAGCUCAAAGGCCUGUGUCAAUAACACCGGUGUCGGGGAUGUGAGGUGGAAAUGGGAUAUACUGAGAGCGGUCCGAUGUGAUACUCCCCUGGGAGCGUGA